CCCACCCCGUCUCCUCGCUACAGCUACACCACCACAAGCCUAGCGAGCUUGGUUGAUUUUUCGUGUGCGUGCGGUUGUGUAGGCGAAAUCCUCCGGUUUUUUCUCGUAGUUUGGGAUCGAUCGAUGGCGUCGUUGGGUGGUGGUGGUGGUGGGCAGGGGCCGCCCAACGGCAGCGGCGUCCCAACCAACCGGCCGGUGUUCACCAUCGAGGGCCGUGUCGUGGAGCCGCCCACCCUUACCGCGGCGCAGCUGGACAUGAUUAGGUCAAUGUAUCUCUCGUCGCUUGGUGUGCCACCUGUCAACGGAUUCUAUCCGGGCGCAGUACAGUACCCGAGAGGAGUGUUCGUCCCUUCAAACGAGUACGAGGCGGCAGGGGCAACUCGGGCUGCCAAAAGGGCCAAGCAGACUGACAUUUCCGCUGAGAACGAGCUGGCCGCGAAGACCACCGGCACCACCCCACCACCAGCCGCGCCGAAGAAGUGAUGCCCGCGAGAUGGAUACAUGGCGCGCGCGGCCGGCCGGCGUCGAGCUCCAUCGAUUCCUCCGGCGACCGGCCGGCGUGCGUGCAGGCGACCGACCCAGCGAGCGAACGAAUAAAAUCAGGGGCGCCUCCAGCCGGGCGGCCUCUGAGCGUUACUAUCUACUACUAUUAGCUGUAGUUUUGCUAUUUUCAGCGUGAAGACUGCGUGAUAAUUAAAUAAGUGAGACCCGGCAGAAACCAUGCGUUUGUGUGUGGUGUGUGGCAUGGUGGACAACUCAUAUGCCGGUUGAUUUACCUGUAUGUACUCUGUGUGAAUGUGUGAUCGAUAGAUAUGCUCGCCUGCAGUGUGUUGUGGUUUUUAAUAAUUUGGUGUGUUCGCGUGUGUGA